AUGUCGCAAAGCGCCAGCUUUUAUGAGACCACAACUGCCACACAGCGAGCACUUGGAAUCGCUGAGAUCGUGGGCCAUAUCAUCUCGUUUCUGCCGCAAGAGCUUUAUGGACCCGAAACGGACUUGAUAUCUUCCGCUCUAGUGAGCAAUUUCUGGCUCGCCGAGGCACUUCCUCUGAUAUGGAGGCAGGUCUACGUCGGCACAGUCCAGGAGAUCUUUUCCCGUCUGGAUCCCAGCCGUCGACAGUUCUAUGCCAACUUUGUGACUUUUGCGCACACACGUGUCUUCAAUGAUCUACACACCCCUCAAGAUUCUCCCUGCGAUUUGAAUGGGAUUGUGUUCCCUAAAAUGACAGAGCUUUUGGUGUUCGUGAACGCAAAGGUUGGGGAAUGCUCUCUUUCUAACCUCAACUGUCCCAAUCUCCGCCGCAUGACCUUUGCGAGCUGGGGUAAAUCAAUGGAUAGUGGUCGCAUUGGCGCCCAGGGUUGGGAAUCGAUCUUUUGGGACCUCCCGACCAAGUACCCUAGUUUGAAAGAACUGGGAUUUAUAUAUCCCCCUGGUCUGUAUCCCCAUGCGCUUGGACGCUUGAAGGCACGACACCCCAAUCUUCUUUACUGUCUUGACAAGCCCCGGGUGCGUUGGACUACCACGUUUCUACCUGAUGGCUCCGAUGAGUCAGAUGGGUUCAAAUUGGAGGAUAUCAUCUACGAUUACGAUAUUUUUGAGGACUCUGAUAUGAAUGCUUCGACGUAA